AGCAAACUGAAUAUGACAGCAAAACAACACCGAGGGGGGAGUGAACUUCUAGACACCCGUCAUAUUUCUGAAGAAACGUUACAGUAAUCCCUUCUAACAGUGUGCGGUUACACAACAACUGAAAGCUGACUGGUGUCCUCUCAGUCCAGUAGAUGUCCACGCCGUCAGACACGUCAGGUGGCAUGUCCCAUCCUGGCCCGUCACCAGGGGCAGGCCUGUCCCCAGGGCCCAUCUUGGGCCCCAGCCCCGGACCCGACCCCUCACCAGGUUCUGUUCACAGCAUGAUGGGCCCCAGUCCUGGACCAGGAACACCCAACGCACCGCAUGGCAUGCAGGCCCAGGGACAAAGCGAUUACUCUCAGGACAACAUGUAUCCUAUGCAUAAGCCCAUGGAGGCGGCCAUGAAUGAUAAGACGAUGGCCGAGGCGAUGCAUUUCGGUCACAUGAAAGGUGUCGGCAUGCGAUCCCUGCACAGUGGCAUGGGGCCUCCUCAGAGCCCGAUGGACCAGCACAGCCAAGGAUACAUGUCUCCACAUCCAUCUCCAAUGGGAAUCCAUGAGCAUGCCUCCAGCCCCAUGUCCGGAGGUGGAGGCGGGCCGACCCCGCCCCACAUGCCUCCAUCCCAGCCCGGCCCCAUGAUGUCCAUGGACCCUCAGGGAGGCAUGGCCAGCAUGUCGGGGAUGGGCCAGCCGGGGCGCGGCCCCUCUUCCUUCAGCCCCGUCCAGCUGCAGCAGCUCAGGGCGCAGAUCCUGGCCUAUAAGAUCCUGGCCCGCGGGCAGCCGCUGCCCGAGAACCUCCAGCUGGCUGUUCAGGGCAAAAGGAGCCUACCCACGAUGCAACAGCAGCAGCAGGCGCCACUGCCGCCGCAGCAACAGCCACAACAACCACAGCAGCAGCAGCAGCCACCGCCGCCGCCGCAGCAGCAAGCAUCUGGUGCUAGCCCGUACAGGCCCUCAGGAAUGUCGAUGGCUCCCAUGAGCGGCCCCCAAUCGAGCCCCUGCCCAACACCAGCACUGCAAGGACACAAUCAGAGCACCGGACCCAAGCCUUGGACUGACGGUCAAGCUAGUGACAAUCAAGCACAGAAGCACCUCACCCCGGUCCCCAGUGGCCGCCCGUCUCCCGCUCCCCCCCAGGCGCCUGUAGGGGCCCCGGGCCCCGUCCCGGGGAGUUCAGGGGCCGUUCACCCUCCAGGGCAGCAGGUGUCGCCCAUGGUCCAAAUGCAGCAGAAGCAGAACCGGAUCACUCCGGUCCAGAAGCCCCAGGGGUUGGACCCGGUGGGAAUCCUGCAGGAGAGAGAGUUCAGACUGCAGGCCCGGAUCGCUCACCGGAUCCAGGAACUGGAGAGUCUGCCCGGCUCUCUGCCUCCGGACCUCCGAACUAAAGCGACGGUGGAGCUCAAGGCGCUGCGGCUGCUCAACUUCCAGCGGCAGCUGAGGCAGGAUGUGGUGGCAUGUAUGAGGCGCGACACAACCCUGGAGACGGCCCUCAACUCGAAGGCGUACAGGCGCAGCAAGCGGCAGACGCUCAGGGAGGCGCGCAUGACGGAGAAGCUGGAGAAGCAGCAGAAACUGGAGCAGGAGAAGAAGCGGCGACAGAAACAUCAGGAAUAUCUCAACAGUAUUCUCCAGCAUGCCAAGGACUUUAAGGAGUACCACCGCUCGGUGUCCGGGAAAAUCCAGAAACUCACCCGAGCCGUCGCCACCUGGCACACAAACACCGAGCGGGAGCAGAAGAAGGAGACGGAGCGGCUGGAGAAGGAGAGGAUGAAGAAGCUGCUGGAAGAGGAUGAGGAAGGCUAUCGGAAACUCAUUGACCAGAAGAAGGACAAGCGUCUGGCCUACCUGCUGCAGCAGACGGAUGAAUACGUGGCCAACCUCACCACUCUGGUGUACGAACACAAAGCUGCUCAGGCUGCCAAGGAGAAGAAGAGGAGGAAGACGAAAAAGAAGAAGGUGGAAGGAGACGGUGAAGGUACCAGCGCCAUUGGACCGGACGGCGAGCCCAUGGAUGAGAGCAGCCAGAUGAGCGAGCUGCCAGUCAAAGUGAUCCAGACGGAGACCGGGAAGGUCCUGCAGGGCACCGACGCCCCCAAGUCCAGCCAGCUGGAGGCUUGGCUGGAGAUGAACCCUGGGUAUGAAGUCGCUCCCCGUUCAGACAGCGAGGAAAGCGGCUCAGAGUUCGAGGAAGAGGACGAAGAGGAAAUGGGCAAGGCGGAAACGGAGGAGAAGAAGAAAACUGAUCCCAACGGAGACGAAAAGGCUAAGAACGACGCCAAGAACAUCAUCGAGUCGGCCAAACAAGACGUGGACGAUGAGUACAGCGUCCCCACUGGGCAGACCAGCUCCCAGUCGUACUACGGCGUGGCGCACGCCGUCAUCGAGAAGGUGGAGAAGCAGUCGUCUCUGCUGAUCAACGGCAUGCUCAAACAGUACCAGAUCCAGGGUCUGGAGUGGAUGGUGUCCCUCUACAACAACGACCUGAACGGCAUCCUGGCUGAUGAGAUGGGCCUGGGGAAGACCAUCCAGACCAUCGCCCUCAUCACCUACCUGAUGGAGCACAAGAGGCUCAACGGCCCCUACCUCAUCAUCGUUCCUCUCUCGACUUUGUCCAACUGGGUUUAUGAACUUGACAAAUGGGCUCCUUCUGUGGUCAAAAUUGCUUACAAGGGAACUCCUGGUCUGCGUCGGGGUCUCGUCCCUCAGCUCCGCAGCGGCAAGUUUAACGUCCUCAUAACGACAUAUGAAUACAUCAUCAAGGACAAACACAUCCUGGCGAAGAUCCGCUGGAAGUACAUGAUCGUGGACGAGGGCCACCGCAUGAAGAACCACCACUGCAAGCUGACGCAGGUGCUGAACACCCACUAUGUGGCUCCGCGCCGCCUGCUGCUCACCGGGACGCCGCUGCAGAACAAGCUGCCCGAGCUCUGGGCCCUGCUCAACUUUCUGCUGCCCACCAUCUUUAAAAGCUGCAGCACCUUUGAGCAGUGGUUCAACGCGCCGUUCGCCAUGACUGGAGAGAGGGUUGACCUUAACGAGGAAGAGACCAUCCUGAUCAUCCGCCGUCUGCAUAAGGUGCUGCGCCCGUUUCUGCUCCGCAGGCUGAAGAAGGAGGUGGAGUCUCAGCUGCCUGAGAAAGUGGAAUACGUCAUAAAAUGCGACAUGUCUGCGAUCCAGAGGGUUCUCUACCGCCACAUGCAGAAAGGCAUCCUGCUGACCGACGGCUCGGAGAAAGACAAGAAGGGCAAAGGCGGAGCUAAGACUCUGAUGAACACCAUCAUGCAGCUGAAGAAGAUCUGCAACCAUCCCUACAUGUUCCAGCACAUAGAGGAGUCUUUUGCUGAGCACUUGGGCUACCCGAAUGGCAUCAUCAAUGGCCAUGACCUGUACAGAGCUUCUGGGAAGUUUGAGCUCCUGGAUCGGAUCCUUCCAAAGCUCCAUGCCACUGGACACAGAGUCCUGCUGUUCUGCCAGAUGACGUCUCUGAUGACAAUCAUGGAGGAUUACUUCGGCUAUCGCAACUUCCAGUAUCUACGCCUUGAUGGAACCACCAAAUCCGAGGACCGAGCCGCACUCCUAAAGAAAUUUAACGAGGAAGGGUCUCAGUACUUCAUCUUCCUCCUCAGCACCAGAGCCGGAGGCCUGGGGCUCAACCUGCAGGCCGCCGACACGGUCGUCAUCUUUGACAGCGACUGGAACCCGCACCAGGACCUGCAGGCCCAGGAUCGGGCUCACCGCAUCGGGCAGCAAAACGAGGUGCGCGUUCUGCGCCUCUGCACCGUCAACAGCGUGGAAGAGAAGAUCCUGGCUGCUGCCAAAUACAAACUGAACGUGGAUCAGAAAGUCAUCCAGGCCGGCAUGUUCGACCAGAAAUCCUCCAGCCACGAGCGGCGCGCCUUCCUGCAGGCCAUCCUAGAGCACGAGGAGCAGAACGAGGAUGAAGACGAGGUCCCUGAUGAUGAAACCCUUAACCAGAUGAUAGCGCGUAAUGAAGACGAAUUUGAUCUGUUCAUGCGCAUGGACAUGGACCGUCGGCGCGAGGACGCCCGCAACCCGAAGCGUAAGCCUCGUCUGAUGGAGGAGGACGAGCUGCCGUCGUGGAUCAUCAAGGACGACGCCGAGGUGGAGCGGCUCACCUACGAGGAGGAGGAGGAGAAGAUGUUCGGCCGAGGGUCGCGCUGCCGGCGGGACGUGGACUACAGCGACACGCUGACCGAGAAGCAGUGGCUGCGGGCCAUCGAGGACGGGAACUUGGAGGAGAUGGAGGAGGAAAUCCGCUUGAAGAAGCGUAAACGCAAACGGCGCCAGGACAAAGACUCGUCCAGCAGAGACGACGGCGGCAUGAAGGCCAAGAAGAGGCGAGGGCGACCGCCGGCCGAGAAGCUCUCGCCCAACCCGCCCAAACUCACCAAGCAGAUGAACACCAUCAUCGACACAGUCAUCAACUACAGGGACGGGUCAGGCAGGCAGCUGAGCGAGGUGUUUGUCCAGCUGCCGUCCAGGAAGGAACUGCCAGAGUAUUACGAGCUGAUCAGAAAACCCGUCGACUUCAAGAAGAUCAAGGAACGUGUGAGAAACCAUAAAUACCGAAGUUUGAGUGACCUGGAGAAGGACGUGAUGCUCCUGUGUCAGAACGCUCAAACCUUCAACCUGGAGGGAUCCCAGAUAUACGAGGACUCCAUUGUUCUCCAGUCUGUUUUCAAGAGCGCCAGACAGAAGAUCGCCAAGGACGAAGACAGCGAGGAUGACAGCGAUGAGGAUGAUGAUGACGACUAUGACUCAGAGGCCGAAGCCAAGUCUGUGCGGGUGAAGAUCAAGCUGGGUCGGGACGGACGCAGCCACGACAAAGGCAAGAAGAGGCAGAGCCGCGGAAAGGCCAAGCCGGUGGUGAGCGACGACGACAGCGACGACGACCUGGACGAUAACGAUCAGUCGGAUAAAAGCAAAAGCGACGACGACUGAGGAGGACCAGCAGCAGCCGCAGCAGCGUGAGGAUGAUGAGCUUAAAAAAAGAACUAUCUUCAUUUUCUAUCCAGCUUCAUGCUGUUUUUGUUUGUAGUGCAUUUUAUCUUCUCUGCCGUCAACUUUAAAAUAUAUUACUAAUCAAUCAGUAACUUACAGCAAUACCAAUCAGCUCAUUAUCUUGUUUUUUAGAGUUUUCUAGAAUAUUUUUAUGUCUGGCACAGAAGAAAUUCUAUAUGAUAAACAAAGACGCACAUUUGGUCAUUUCAUGAAUUCAUCUUAAAGUAUAUGAAUAUUCCCCACAUUAAUAUAAGACAAAUAAUUUGAUGUAUUAGUGAAAGUUUGUUUUCAUCUUCAUGUGGAUGAAAAACUGUUUCAGUUUUUCUUUUUUUUUCUACAUUUUGGUGCUUAAAAUGAUAAAAAUGGUAAAAAUGAAAAGAUCCAGUUUUUCCCAAAAGCAGCCACUUCAGCCAGGAUUUUUAUUUUUCAGGUAAAUAUCAAAUAUCUGUUAAUUGUUUAGGAUUACGCCGUUCUCUUACAUUAAUGUUUUCAUUGUUUUGGAAAGUCAGUAAUAUUGAUAAUUAUAGUUAAAAUAUAUUUUAGCUCCCAUUGGGUCUAAAAACAUCUAAUUUGACAACAAAAUUAAUAAUCAUUUUUAAUUCAAUUAUAAUGAACAAUAUCUUGCUUGGUUAUUAUAUUCUAAACAGAAAUUUAAUCAGCUUCACAGCAGAUUUUAGUUACUUUUACUGUUUAUUUAGAAAAUAAAAACUGCUACGUUGAGCUGAAAGUAUUUACCCCCUUUACAGAUUUCUUAUUUUUUGCUUUAGUUUUUUGUCACAUUAAAUAUUUCAGAUCAAAAUCAUUUUAAUAUCAGAAAAAAUAACCUGAGUAAAUAAAAAACAAUGCAAACUUCAUAAUGACUCUUCUUUUCAGGAUUGUUUUAAUACGAUCUCAGUCUGAUUUAAGUCGAGGCUUUGACUAGACCGCUCCAAAAAUAUGCGUAAAUAAUUAGUUUUUGUCUUUAUUUCCAGUCGUUCAGCGAUUUGCUUUUGAGAAAAAAAUGUUCAGAUCUGGGAUUUUCUGAUCAGCCCCUCAGCAUGACUCCACCUCCACCAUGUCUGACGUUGUUUUCUUUACAUCCUGUUAGUUUUUCACCAGGUCUAACUAAGCUCACACUUUACAAAGUAACUCCACAGAAAUGCUUCCUUUCCAGCAGGAUCAACAAGACUUUUGUUUUAAAUAUUGUUUUCCAAAAGCCAAAAACAGCAUCUUUAAUUUCAGUUUGUCUACAGAUUAAUGAACAUUAAUGACGUUUUGUCUCAUCUGCGUUUGUUUGGGACAUUUCUGCCUCCUUCCUGCAGUCAGAAAGGCGCAAUUUAAGAAAUUCCAACAAUAAUUGAUAAAACUGAUCUGAAAAAUACAAACCAAGUGAUUCAUGAGCUGUUUGUGUUUCACAGAGCCCCAGGUUGGAGUUUUAACAGUUUUUCUAUUUACUCUGGUUAUUUUUAUCUAUUUUUACAACAUUAUAAGUAUUUUACUUCACUACUCUGGCUAAGCUGUGACAUUUUUUUUUUAUAAAUCAGAAAUGAAACUGUUAUUUUCUUGAAAAACUAUUAAAAUCUGAUCUUUAAAAUUCCUAAAAUAAUAUAAAUCUUUUAUUUUAACUCACUGUGGGAAAUAAAAAUCAGCAAUUAUAGCAACAUCCACCUUCAGAGCUGAUUUUAGAUUUUAUUUAGGUGAAAAUGGAUAAAAUAAAAGAUUUUUUUAUCUUUUGACAUAAAUUUGCAGCCACAACCAUAAAACCAUUUUUAAAGUUGAUAAAAUAUCUCAAGUUGAAAGAUGAAAUUCAGACGGUUAGAAAUGCAGACUGCCCUUUUUAAUUUUAUGAAUAAAAACAUCAUUACAUGUUGUUUUAUAAGCUCCUCCCUUUAUUAUAUUCUGAUAGUUUUAAAAAUGUUAAACACUUUUUCCAUCUCCUUUCUUCUGUUACUAUAAGAAACGUUUGUUUUUUAAAUCACUGUGUUGCAGCUUCGUGGGGAGACGGUUUGUUUGUUUUUAAUUUUUUUGCUCCAGCAUCUUUAAGGAAAUGUUUCGCCUGUUGCAUGAAAACUAAACGGCGUCUCUCUGGUUUUUGAACAGAAUAAAAGGCCCUUUUAUUACAUUUAAAGCAGAAUCUAAAUGAGCAGGAUAUUUUUAAGUGUUUUGAUUUGCUCAUCUGGUUUGUGUGUGCCUCGUUCUCCCGCCUCGUUCUGUGUUUGUAGCAUGAACUCCUGAUGCAGAUUUAUCACUUCGGUCCGUGAAACGCUCCGUCAGCGCGGCUUAGUGUUUGCUUUCUUUGCACAGUGUCCUUGUGGUUGUACUCUCAUGGCCCCGAGCAAAUAAAUAUUCAUGACUUUCUG